AAACGAAAGAGAUAGCAGAGAGGAGGUUUGAACAGGGGACAGUAGCUUGAGUGGCAAGGUGUCCAACCGUUACACCGUUGACACACUUUUGCCUAGUUCAUAAUUUCCGUCACCACGCGUCUUCCAUAUCUCACCGAUCGAGCAACGCCGAUCAACUCGUCUCGGUCAUCGCCUCCAUUGUCUCUGUUGAUAUACGGGGGAAGCAAUCAUGAGCCUCCCCAUUCACGGAGCUCUUCAGUCAGUUCUUUGCUAAGAAGGAUACGCGCAUCUUGAUGGUGGGUCUUGAUGCUGCUGGUAAGAUGACGACCCUGUACAAACUUAAGCCCGGAGAAAUCGUCGGUUGCAAUUCCUAUUCUUGUCGUACUGUCCGUUGAGCAGAGUAUAAAUAAUUCAGAACAGCUAAAACAUUACAACGACAUACGAAAGACGAGUAAGAGAACCAAAUCAGCUAGUAGUUGCGGACUAAAACAGCAGAGGAACAUGUUACUGGGAAAAAUGCUGUGCGUCUUUGUUUUACUCGGGUUUUCACUGACAAGUGGGAAGCUUGCUGGGGGUGCUUCAUCUUCGCCAAGCUGUAAAUUUCCGGCUAUUUACAACUUCGGGGACUCAAACUCCGACACCGGGGCCCACUCUGCUGUCUUCGUUCAGAUUCCGGCUCCAUAUGGCGAAACCUUCUUCAAGAAGCCAUCCAAGAGGUUGUCUGAUGGGCGUGUCAUCAUUGAUAUUAUCGCCGAGAAACUAGGAGUACCAUAUCUAAGCGCGUACUUGGACUCCUUGGGCACAAAUUUUAGACAAGGAGCGAACUUUGCGACAGCAGGCUCUUCCAUUCUGCCUGGUUUUUUCAGCCCUUUCGAUCUUGGAGUUCAGAUAUCUCAGUUCUCACAGUUUAAGUCCCGAACUACUGAACUCUACAAUAAUGUAUCCAGUUCCGGCGAGGCGUCGCAUGACUGCGUCAUUCCGAAGCCUGAUGAUUUCUUGAAGGCCCUUUAUGUGUUUGAUAUCGGGCAAAAUGAUCUCACUCUUGGCUUCCAGAACAUGACACCCCCUCAAGUUGUCGCUACUUUCCCCAACAUCCUCAACCGCUUCACACAGGCCGUGCAGGUGAGAUAUACAUAUACUCAUUUAGUCUUCCAUAAAAAUCCUCUCUGGGACUUUAUGGAGAAAGAAAAAAGUCUCUUUUGUCGGAAUUCAUGCCCGAAAAACUUGUUUGUGCUUUCGAUUCUGCAGCAACUCUAUGGUGAAGGGGCAAGGUCUUUCUGGAUCCACAACACGGGCCCGCUUGGGUGCAUACCAUUAAUGGCAUUGCCUGUUGAGCUCAGAAAUGUCACUCUUGACCCGAUCGGCUGUGUAGGCUUCAUGAAUGACGUGGCGCAAGAAUUCAACCAGCAACUUAAGGAAGCAGUGACGCAGCUAAGGACACAGCUCCCACAGGCUAAGCUCACUUAUGUUGAUGUUUACGCCGCUAAGUUCGCACUGAUCAGCGAUGCCAAGAACCAAGGUUUUGCUCCUUCAUUGGAGUAUUGUUGUGGGACAUUCUCGCCCGUGUUCGUAAUGUGUGGAACUUCAGUUCAAGUGAAUGGAACCACCUUUAAUGGCACUGCCUGUAGUGAUCCUUCGAACCGUAUCAUUUGGGAUGGGAUUCACUACACAGAAGCAGCUAACUUGUGGGUUGCUUCUCGGAUCCUCAACGGUUCCUUCUCCGACCCUCCAGUCCCUAUAUCUGGCGCCUGCCCUUAAUUACCUCUAUUUCAUGGAAAUCCUACAAAAAUAAAUAAAUAAUAAAAAUAAUAUAUGCCAUGGAAGAAUGGUUGAGGCUUCAGUAGAAGCUUGUGCUCUAAGAAAAGCGUGAGCAGAGGAUAGUUUAGUUUGUCUGAAUAAAAGGAUGUCGAAAAUACAUUUUCUUCAAAUAAGCCAAGCAUAUGUAGUAUCCUCCAGAAGAUUUGAUGAAUAAUAAGAAACCAGAACAUCUUACCUGUA